AUGAGUAGUCCCUUCACCACUCGGCUUGGCUCCUCGUCGGCCCCCCCCCUGCGGGCGCGCAAAAUCGACCAGAAGGAAAUCAAGCGGAGGAAGAACUACCAGUACGCCCUAAAGCACAAAUACGACAGAAGCGGAAGGAGGAUAAAGGACAUUAACAAAGAAAAAAAAUCUUUAAAAAAGAAAAAGCUGUUUGACUACGAGGGCUUUAAGGUAGAUCGGAUCUUUGCCUGCCUCAGUGAGGAGGACAUGCAGGAGCUACGCGAUGAGGAGUUGAAGCGAAAGUCGGGGGAGAUUCUACAUAACAAUAAGUACAUCGACACGUAUGGGGUGGAGUCAGAGACGGACCUGGACGACGUGUGA